UGGGCGGGGAAGAGGGAGAAGCUGACUGCUGCUCAGGCACGACAAGCCAGGAGCCACCAUGAAGACCCUGAAGUUCCUCGCCGCGGAAAGUUUUGCGCGGGGCGGCUCCCACUCGGCUGAGAGCAUUGGCUUCCUGUCGCACAACCUGUACCCGCUGCUGUUCAAGGCCGCCUACCUGCACGAGCGGCCGCAACUGCUGCAUGCACUGGUGCAGGCCUGGCCGCUGGCCCAGUUGGACUUGAACAGGCUGCUGGGCCGCACGGCGGACUGUGGCGAGGACCUGACAGAGCACACGUGCCACUCCUGCCUGGAAGCGCUGCUCUACGGCCUGCGCGACCACGUGCUGAGCUCCGGUGCCACUUACGCCAAGAGCCUGCGUUCUGUCGACCUGACGGGGCUCCGUGACGUUGAGCGGCAGCACUGCCCUUGUGGACGCACGCUGGGCCGCUGGGGACGCACGCAGCUCGCCGCCCGUAUGUGCCUGGAGGCGCUGGUGACCUCGCAGAAGGGAGGCGAAGGCCCGAUGCGGCCUGUGGACAUAAGGCUCAAUGCGUUCGUCACGGGCCGUAGCUACGAGGAGGUGAGCCAUGCGCUAGCGCUGAGGGCGCAUUCACCCCUGCGGCUCUGCUGCGUCGCCCUGCGCACCGACUCCCUCAGCCUCAAGCAGCUGGCCUACGUGAUGCGGCUGGCCGAUCCGCCGGCCCUGCGCCGCCUCGAGGUCGUCCACAACGUGCACCUGGAGGCCCCCCACCUGGAGCAGCUGCUGUCACGGGUGCCUUUCUGUGAGCUCUGCUCCCUCACGCUGCCAGCUCGAGCCCUGGACGUCCGGCGUCUUGGACCUGGGGACGAGGGGUUGCUGGGCACCAUCGGCGAGCUGCUGAGCCGACUGAAGCAGCUGACGGAGCUCUACCUGGCCUUCUCCACCCUGACCGGGCACCUCAGGAGGCUGCUAAGCCCCCUGAAGACCCCCCUACGGUGCCUGGAACUGGCCAACUGCAGCCUGAACAGCGCCGACAUGGUGUACCUGGCUAAUAGCCUGCACUCCGAGCACCUGGUCAGCCUGGACCUCAGCGGCCACGCCCUGGCCGAGGCUUUCCCCCACGCCUUCCUCAAGCUGCUGCGCCGCUGUGCGGGGACGCUGGCCAGCCUGACCCUGGAGGAGUGCGGCCUGGAGGAGCAGCACCUGGAGCUGUUGGCAGGGGCCCUGGCACCCUGCCGCGCCCUGCGCCAGCUUAAGCUCCUGGGCAACCCACUGAGCUCACGGGCCCUGAACGUCCUCCUCGCCGGCCUGGCCUUGCACCACAGCCUGCGCUACGUGGAGCUGCCGGUGCCACGCGAGUGUUACCCCGCAGACGCUGCGUACCCGCUGGACGAGGCCGAGCUGCUGCGGUACGACCGCACCCGGUUCGAGGAGGCGCGGGCGGAGCAACUGGCACUCCUGCAGCAGGAGGGCCGCCCCGACGUGGAGGUGUGCACACCGCUACUAGGUGCCUAUGACCCCGAAAUCAAUGAGACCAGCAAUGAACUGGGCAUGCUGAUGCUGCACUCCUUCAAGGACAUCCUGGGCAACUUCAUGGACAGCAUAACGGCCCAAAAAUAAGUCAGUAGGGGGCGUGGUGGUUAUGCACUUCGAAAGCUAAAGACACUUAAGGUGAAUUGAUCCAGUCAAAUAUCUGGCUGUACGAACGGGGGAGAUCGUGUCUCAGUCACUGUGCAUGAGUUUCUAUUUAGAAAUGACCCAUAAACAAAAGGUGCAUGACCUCAAAAUUGCAGGGUCGUGCUGCACUAACAUGAUACCCCCACUAGGGGUGUAGCACAAAUUUUGGAAAUUCUUAUGGUUUUGAUGAGGUUUUAAUGAGUCCUAUAGGACAUUUAGUUGUAAGAAAAAAUAACCUAUAAAGUCACAUAAUAAAAUGAGACAAAAUAACUAUAA